AUGUCUAGCUUGGAGAAAUUGCGAGAGCAUUUGCUGAAGAAUGAACCAAUAACUUUUUUAAGCUCUGAAAACGGUAGGACGGAUGAUAUAUCGCAGGCGAACGAAGUGUUGCUGGGCUCAGAAGACCGGGACCAAAAUGUGGUGCUGAACCUGAAUGAAAAGACAGAUUUUCAAGUGGAUGGGGACAACGUACCGCUUAGAGUGGUCCUACAUUGCUGGCAGCAUCGAGACUCCAGCGCUGCAGAUUAUCUGGCCGAUUGCCAGUCGAAAAACCUGCUCAACAUUUCAUUUCUACAAAGAAUGGACUUAAUAGCGUGGCUAUCGGGCGAUGCAGCAAGCUCUAAGUUUGUCAAUGCGGAAGAAUCACACGGAGCCUCAAAGAUUGCAGCGGCCACGGCUGGUCCCGCUCUCCAAAGCGAUCCAAUAUUGGAGGAAGCCUUGGCACACGAAAAAGUGUUGCUAGACCAUAACUCGUCAUUGAGGGGCUCAAAACCCACAAAUUUCGGAUAUCUGAUAAAAGAGGCAGAACUCAAGCUGGUGCAUUCGCUCAAAAGUGCAAGCAAACGUAGAGCAGGGGAUCGUGGCUCUGGAGGAGUCUCUAAAGCUGACCAUGCAGCUAGCGGUGGCAGUGGUGGGAGAAAUGUGCCGAGAAAAGAACCGAUUAUUCUGAUUCCAUCAGCGGCGUCGUCCAUCUUCACAAUGGCUAACAUCCAGCAGUUUUUGGAGGGCUCGAAAUACGUGCAUCCGCGUGACCUACCGGGCCCACAAUCUGAUGUCACAACGGUGACAAAGAAGCUAGAUCGUUUUAACAGGCCUAUCAAGUUCUUAAUUGCCAGCAACACGCGGCUAUUCACGAAGCCAGAGUACUGGGACCGUGUGGUUGCCGUUUUCACAACCGGCCAUGCAUGGCAAUUCAACAACUACCAAUGGUCUAAUCCAUCCGAAUUGUUUCAACGGUGCAAGGGCUAUUAUUUCUAUUUUGCAGGUGACGUGGUGCCCAAGCAUGUAGAGCAAUGGAACGUUCAGCGUGUGGAACUUGACAAAAAUAAACGUUUUCGCGAUGUGGAAGUUUUGAGAUAUUUCUGGAACACAAUGGAAAAGGAACUCGCAAGCCGUGGCUACCAGUGA